AUGGGCGAAUCAAGGCAAGAACUGCUUCAAUGGCUGAACGGAUUGCUCCAAUUGAAUGUCACCAAAGUUGAACAAUGUGGCACGGGCGCGGCCUUGUGUCAAUUAUUCGACACUAUAUUUCUUGAUAUUCCCAUGGCACGAGUCAAGUUUAAUGUCAACACUGAAUAUGCGUAUAUCCAGAACUUCAAAAUCCUACAAAACUGCUUCACAAGGCAUGCCAUCGAUCGAACCGUGCCGGUCGAAUCACUCAUCAAAUGCAAGAUGCAAGAUAACCUAGAGUUCUUACAGUGGUCAAAGCGGUACUGGGAUCAGUACUUCCCUGGACAUGACUAUGACGCUGUCGCUCGCCGAAAAGCUGCUGGUGCCCCUGCUCCUGCCGCCGCUCCUGCAGCCGCACGGACAAGCACCGGCGCAAGCACCACCAGAAAACCCGGUACCACUCCAGUCAGCCGUCCUGCUGCCAGAGGCGGCUCGGCCUUGGGUGCAGGCAGCGGAGCGCUCAGACAAGAGAACGACCAGCUCAAAGAGGCGAUUGCCGGCCUUGAAAAGGAACGGGAUUUUUAUUUCAGCAAGCUGCGAGACAUUGAAUUAUUGCUGCAAACUGCCAUUGAACAGGAUCCUUCGAUUGAGACAGAUGAAAAUGGUUUAGUCAAAAAUAUCCAGACCAUCUUGUACAGCACAGAAGAAGGCUUUGAAAUUCCUGAUCAGGAAGGUGGGGAGGAGCCAGAAACCUUCUAG